CCUUUAAGAGAGAUUUUGUUAAUUCUAGCGACCUCACCAUUAACCUCAUCACUUAAAUCUGAAGGGUACAGCUGAGAAGUGGGCUAAAGUAAACCAAGAGUUCAUUUUCUCUUGAGGGAACUUAUCACUGAUGUAAGACCUAUCAGUUUUACGGAAAUCUGAUCUUCAUCAAAAGAGAAUUUUCGGAAGUUCCGUAUUUUUUUUUCUCGACAAAACUGUUACCUCUUGCCCGACCCCAAACGGGAACAAAAUUUGCAAAUAUUUAACUCCCGCAUGGGAGAAGAAAGUAGGGCCAACUUACGAAACCAUAAGCAAUGUCACUUAGUAAUUGGUUAUUUCUAUUUUCAUGCCUUGUUCUCUACAUUAUUCAUCUCAGGCCUGUUUAUGCAGCAUACGUUACAUGCUCAGCAUUGUAAAGCGAUGAUAAAUGACAAAAAUUUCCAGGCUUAAGUAGCGGAUUAGCAUUCCACCAAAACCCAUCCUUGGGAAGGUCAUACUUGAUUGAUUAUCACACAAGGCGAACGUAACGCUAAAGUAGUUUUUCUGUAUCAAGGAUACCUUAAUUUCAUAGUAGAAUUUCUGAUCGCUUGAGUUUAACGUACAAAGGAUUGCCUGGUAUGACUGAUAAAGAGAAAAAAUAUUCUUCGUCACGGAUGCGUUAUGAGAAUUAGCUUUGUUCUGGUUAGUUCUAUCUUGAGAGAGAUGUGUGUCAGCCAGUUACACAGAGAGCUGUUUCCUGCCAGGAUCAGUUACAGAGGCACGUAUAAGCUAAACAAGCUGAUUCCUGUCAGCUGAUAUUCUAUCCCUAUCAUUUAAGCCACGAACAUCGAGCGAAUAUCCAUUCAGGAAAACUGAAGGAGUUACUGCAAAAAUGGAGGUAGUGAAGACUUCACGAGGGAACGGUUUCUUUACUGUUGCCGUGAUUGUGAACAUUUUGUUCAGUGCUGUCUCCAUUGGGUUCCUUAUCUACAAAGUACGAGUGUUAGAAGAGCACGUUUUCCAGCUUCAGAAAGGGCAGAGAUAUCACACUGAGGCAAUUAGAGAAAAUGAACGGGCAGACUUAACACAUCGAAACAAGAGAGCUGUUGAGUCUUUUGGAACAUCAAAAAGCUGCAGCAGUUGCCACAAUGCUUGCGUUCAUUUAUUUGGACUCGGAGCCUCAGCGAAGGUCACUACUAAAAUUAGCAACGAUACAGAUCAGCAGGUUAUCUGCUUACGAGGCGCUCGUGGGCCCCAGGGUAAGGAGGGGCGAAGAGGACGAAAGGGUCGCCCAGGGUACAUCGGAAAGGCAGGAAAAAAGGGCCCUCGUGGAGGGCGAGGACCCCCGGGACCCAGAGGGAGACCUGGGAACGCGUUUGCGGGAAAUACAUCGAAAUUUCUUGAGGAUAUUGAUACCCCAGGAAUAGAAAAGAAGCCACCAGCCAUUUCCACGACGAAAGAGGGUAGCCAUGUCUCCUUGCCCUGUUACCCCAAAGGUUAUCCCAGGCCAGAGAUCACGUGGUACAAGGAUGGGCAAGAGAUGGACAGUAGACUUUACAACAAAGAGACGGGAGUGUUGACGUUUCCCAGCAUUCAAUUCAGCGAUCGAGGCCUGUAUAAAUGUGAAGCCAAGAAUUUCCUGGGUUUUGAGUCGGCCAAUGUAAAAGUUGUUGUCGAAGUGACUCCAAGAUUUGUUGAGAAGCCUGAGACCUACCAUACAGGAUACGAAACAUGGGACACAACUCUGUCAUGCAACAUCUUUGGCUUCCCACCACCAAAGAUACAAUGGACUCGCUCAUUCCGGCCAUUACCUGUCGAUCGUUACGUGGCGGCUGGUAAAGAUUUGGUGAUCAAAGAUAUUCGGAAUGGAGACAAAGGACCCUUCAUGUGCCGCGGAGAGAACCACCUUGGUUUCGUGUUUGCACUUAUUGUGCUUGAAGUGAAACCUGUCAUUCCUCCAGCAAUCACCAGUGCACCACCUUCGGUUGUUAAGGUGACAAAGGUCGAUCACAGUAUCACUCUGUAUUGUGCUGCCCGUGGGUCUCCAGUGCCAAGUUUAGAGUGGAGUAAGGAUGGAGUGCCAAUUUCGACCAACACCACCUUAAAAACGGACGAAGAAGUGGAAGGAGAACUUGUUAUUCCAAGUUUUGGCCCCACUGACCAGGGAGUGUACAAGUGUUUCUUUAAAAACUUCGAUAACGGGACUGCAGAGAUAACUACCACUGUAGAGCUUGUAGGAUGCGGCGAACCUCAUGUUCCCAUGAACGGAUAUAAGGUUGGAGAGAAUUAUUGGGCAGGAGAGCUGGUUACUUUCGCCUGUGACGCAGGAUACCACCUGGAAGGACCCACGAACAGACUGUGCUUAGAAAAUGGCAACUGGAGUAACGUGGUGCCGACAUGCCAUAGUAUAUGUGACGAACCUGCUCCUCUCGAGAACGGUUACAGAGUAGGAAAUGAAUUUUGGGAAGGAAAAAAUGUCACAUACAAGUGUAACAAAGGCUUUCUUCUUCGUGGACCACAUGUCAGAGUUUGUAAUGAUAUUGGAAACUGGACAGAAGAGGAACCAACCUGUGAAGGGCCGGUGUUUGAGCACUCAGAAAUCCUCCUGAACAAUACUGAAUACUGGGAGCUCCUUAAAGGCUGGUUGGGUCCUGUGUCUACUCUACCAGCCAAUUGGAAGCUAUGCUACAGAGCUACUGAUCAUGGAUGGAGCUCCAGUACAUUCCACUCGCAGUGCAACAGCUUAGGACCCUCGGUUACGUUUAUUAGAGUGGGAGAGUAUAUAUUUGGAGGAUACACCGACCGAAACUGGCAUUCACGUAGCUCUUACACAGACUCGACUUGGAGUUUCAUUUUUUCGUUUAAGAACCGUUAUGGACUCGAACCAUUCAAGCUCCACGUGAAAAACUCUGGCCAUGCCAUAUACGGAAAUAACGGUUAUGGACCAACAUUCGGUGGCGGACACGACAUUAAUAUCGCGAACUCUGCAGGCUCCAACAGGAAUUCCUUCUGCAACUUGGGUCACAGUUAUGUGCAACCGGCUGGGUACAUAUACAGUGCGAGUGACACGAAAAGUCUCUUGGCAGGAAGUUACAAUUUCCAGCCCCAAGAGCUGGAAGUGUUCUAUCAGACUCACAAGAAAUGAUAUUGGUUACAAAUACCGGAAUAAGUUGGCGAUUUUUAUUAGUAGAUGUAAACUUUCUCUAAGGAGGUGCAUGACGUUUUGGGUAUCUAGGAUCUACAUCUAGGCUGAGGUUCUUAUGGAACUCAGCCUAGAUCUUUUAAGUUUGGUAUUUUCAAUGUUAUAUCCCGCAUUUAAAACAUCUUUGUGUUCUUUUUGUUUACCUGUCCCCCUCUUAUGAUUAUCUAUCUUAUCGCAAGUUUUCUUUGAAGAUCUCGUUCCAGUUUAUGACAAUUUCAAACGGACGAAACACAGUUAGGAAUUUAAAGACAAACCUACGUUAAAAAGGCAGAGUAAGAUAAACUAAUAAUGAGGUACUUCAUACAGAUUGAAGGACAACUAGCUAGAAUGGAAGUCUUUCUGGCAAUGAAGCAACGGUAAAAAGUCUAAGAUGAUCCAGCAAAAACCUAGAGUAGUAAUUUAGAAUGUUUUGAAAGCUAAAAUUCACAGUUACGAUUCUAUGACAAAAAGUCAGGUUAGGCGGCGAUACAAAUAAUAAUUAAAAAUGUUUAAAUCAACACA